UCUGCACUGCCAAGCCAUCACACACCUCUGGCACCCAGCCGCAUCAACGACGGUAGCACCUGCUUGCAGAAUAUCAGCCAUGAAGUAUUUCGCCGUGCUGGCCACGCUCGCCGUCCUGUCGGCGGCCGACGGCAGGCGCCUCUUCAAGCGGCCGCAGCCGUUCCGUCCAGUGUUCGUCGGCGGCGACGCCUCCGGCCAAGCCGACGGCUCCGUCACCUCCGGCGUCUCGGAGACGGCGUUCGGACGAGACCAGAUCGACUCGGCCGUCUCCAGCGUCCGCGGCCAGGCCAACGGUCUGGGCAGCAGCAGCACCAACACGGCCAACGCCGACGCGCGCCGCUCCGAGAGCGUGCUGGGCGUGCAGCGGACCUCCGACACGAACGCCGUCUCGGUGCAGGACAGCAACGGCGCCGUGCUGCUGCCGGUCGGCGGUCUGUUCCAGCGGCCGUCGCUGUUCAAGCCGGCGCUGCUGCUCGGCGGCGCGGCGUCCGGCUCCGCCGACGGCUCGGUGACGACCGGCACGUCCGAAGGCGUCAACGGCUUCACCCGCGUCACGUCCGUCACGUCCAACGCUGACGGCAGCGUGCACGGCAGUGGCAGCAGCGUGAGCGUGGCCAACGCCAGCAACCAGCGCACGGAGACGGUCGAUGGCGUCUCUGAGUCGUCCGACACGGGCGCCGUCUCGGUGCAGAACACCCGCCGCUGAACGCUUUGCACAUUACUGAUACCUGCUACUGUGUAGUGCCAGUCACGUUUCGACAGCCGCGUUAUGCUUUAAGUCAUGCAUCAGGUGCAUUGUUUGUAGCUGCAUAGUAUUAUCCCAAGGUGAGAUCGUCGAACGAAUACAAGGAGUCGGUUUCGGUUUAUGCUUGUUCAUCAUGUCACACAAUCUGAGAGCAUGACAUGACGCUCUCGUGCUCGGCUGACACCAUUCUGAUGAAACGUGGCUUAAGGGACCGCAUCCGCCGA